CCUGGAAUACUUUAAUCUCGUGCAUAAAACAAACAAAAAAAAUGCAAAUAAUUAUAAUACUGCCUUUUGUAACAGAAGAUGGGUACACCCACAUGCACUUAUAUAUAUUAUAUUAUAAUAAGAAUGGAGAAACCAAUAGGAUAAGUAAACAGGACCAUAAAGCAAGUGCACGUUUUGGGACCAUUGGCUACUACCUCCUCCAAUAAAAGAAGAAAAUUCAUCCUAUUUCUUCCUGUAUGUGUUAAUUGUUGUUGAUGAUUACACAAUAAUGGAGAAUCUGGAUAGCAAUAUGAAUAUUGAAGAGGUGAAUGAUUCUCCAAUUGAGCAAGUGAGACUAACAGUUCCAAUCACAGAUGAUCCAACAUUACCUUGCUUGACAUUUAGGACAUGGUUUUUGGGGAUCAUAUCAUGUAGUGUUCUUGCUUUCUUAAACCAGUUCUUUGGUUAUCGUCAAAACCCACUAUACAUUUCAUCAGUUUCGGCUCAAAUUCUCGUGCUUCCGAUUGGGAGGUUAAUGGCAGCAACUCUACCCACAAAACCAAUUCGUGUUUUUAGAUGGUCGUUUUCACUCAACCCUGGACCCUUCAACUUGAAGGAGCAUGUUCUCAUUACAAUAUUUGCAAAUUCGGGUUCGAAUUCGGUUUAUGCAGUCUCCAUAAUCACUAUAGUCAAAGCUUUCUAUCGUCGUAGGCUCAACCCGAUUGCAGCCAUGUUGCUUACACAAACUACCCAGAUGCUUGGAUAUGGAUGGGCUGGUCUUUUCCGAAAGUUUUUAGUUGAUUCGCCAUAUAUGUGGUGGCCUGCCAAUCUCGUUCAAGUCUCCCUCUUCAGGGCAUUGCACGAUGAAGAAAAGAGGCCAAAAAGAGGCAUGACAAGGCUACAAUUCUUCCUAAUAGUCCUCGUAUCAAGCUUCGCAUACUACAUCAUUCCCAAUUACCUAUUCCAAUCCAUAACUGCCAUCUCAUUCGUUUGCUGGAUAUGGAAAGACUCAGUCAAGGCUCAACAAAUUGGUUCCGGUCUCCGUGGCCUUGGAGUUGGAGCCAUUGGACUCGAUUGGGCGACUGUAUCUGCUUUUCUUGGAAGUCCCUUAGCCACCCCCGGAUUUGCCAUCAUGAACAUAUUAGCCGGGUAUAUAAUAGUUGUAUACAUAAUGGUUCCCAUUGCUUAUUGGAAUAAUUGGUAUGAAGCCAAGCGGUUCCCGAUUUACUCUUCUCAUGUGUUUGAUGCACAAGGAGGAAAAUAUAACGUUUCAAGAGUUUUAAAUUCCACAACCUUCUCAUUUGACAAACAAGGAUAUAACGAUUAUAGCCAAAUCCAUCUUAGCAUCUUUUUCACGUUUGCUUACGGUCUAAAUUUUGCCACAUUGGCUGCCACACUCUCUCAUGUUGCACUCUUCCAUGGAAGAACGAUUUGGGAGCAAACAACAGCAUCAUUUAAAGACAAGUUUGGGGAUGUUCAUACUAGACUGAUGAAGAAAAACUAUGACCCGGUCCCACAAUGGUGGUUCUACUCUCUUUUGGUAUUGGUGAUAGGACUUGCUUUGCUAACAUGUGAGGGUUUUGGCAGACAGCUGCAACUCCCUUACUGGGGAGUUCUUUUAGGAAUCGGUCUGGCUUUGCUCUUCACACUACCAAUAGGAGUUAUCACCGCUACAACUAAUAUGCAACCAGGAUUAAAUGUCAUUACAGAGCUGAUUAUUGGUUAUAUCUACCCCGGGAAACCACUAGCCAAUGUGGCCUUCAAAACAUAUGGCUACAUAAGCAUGUCACAAGCCAUCAUGUUCCUCCAAGAUUUUAAGCUUGGACAUUAUAUGAAAAUCCCACCAAAGUCCAUGUUCAUUGUCCAGUUGGUGGGGACAAUAAUUGCAUCAUCAGUCUACUUUGCAACUUCUUGGUGGCUAUUGACAACAGUCGAAUACAUUUGUGACCCAAGUAAGCUGCCCGAAGGAAGCCCAUGGACCUGCCCGGGAGAUGAUGUGUUCUACAACGCCUCAAUCAUAUGGGGCGUAGUGGGACCUCAACGUAUGUUUGGAAAUCUUGGGUUAUACUCCAAAAUGAACUACUUCUUUCUAUUAGGAAUUCUCGCACCAUUUCCAGUUUGGUUUCUUUCUCGAAAGUUUCCCAAUAGAAAAUGGAUUAGGCUCAUAAACAUGCCAAUUCUUAUAUCGGGCCCAGGUGGCAUGCCACCAACUAGAGCUGUAAACUACAACAUGUGGUUUGCUGUGGGGAUUUUUUUCAACUUUGUGGUGUAUAAGAAGUUUAAAGGGUGGUGGGCUAGGCAUAACUAUAUUUUAUCAGCUGGGCUUGAUGCAGGAGUGGCAUUCAUGGCUAUUCUUUGCUAUUUUGUGCUACAAAUUAGAGAUAUCAAUGGACCAAAAUGGUGGGGUAUGGAGAUAGAUGAUCAUUGUCCUCUUGCUAGCUGCCCAACUGCCCCUGGUAUUAACGUUGAGGGAUGCCCUCAAGUCCAUUAAGGCAUUAACACUCUCUUUCAUGUUAUCUUGUUCACAUUGGUAAAAGCAUAGAAAGUGUAUAGACUUAUUCCAAGGAUGUUUCACAAAUGGACAUUCUUUGAGGUAGAAUAGAUAGAUAGAU